AAAGUAGAAUUAAGACAUCCGGGAUAAAUGACUCAGCUGAGCUCAAUGAAGCCAAAACAUGUGCGUCCAGGCUUAAUUGGUUGCACAAAGACCAAGCCAGGAUGAGCAGACACGGAUUCAUUAAGCCAGGUGAAACCAAUCCUGGAUAGGUGCGCGCUCACGGCUCACUCAAAUAGACCCCGCCACAGAUCACAGAUUAACUGAUUUACCAUGGCAACUAGAGCCGCGUACUUUUCCCCGUCGGAAGCACAAAUCCUCAUGGAGGCAUACGAGGAGGUAAAAGAUAUAAUUAAGAAGAAAGGCAACACCGCCACAGUGAUAAAGCAAAGAGAAAAAGCGUGGCAAAGUAUUGCAGACCGCCUGAAUGCAUUAAACAUGAACGGGCCAAAACGGACAUGGCAGCAGGUCAAAAUCAAAUACAAGAACAUUCUGCAGAAUGCAGUGAAAAAGAAUACCCACAGACAAGGCACGGGUGGUGGGUCACCAAAGGCUGACCUUACCCCAGCAGAGGACAUGGCCUUGGAGCUAAAUAAAGGCAGGCCCGUCUUAGAGGGGAUCCCUGGGGGGAAAGAGACGAGCAUAGGUUCCUCCCAAGAUGCCACCCGCUUCAUUCAAGUGUCUGGCAGCACUGUGUUCCUGUUAGAGCCACCAGCACAAGCACCAGACGAUGCUGAUCCAGGUGAAGGCCCCAGUGCAGCAGCAACAGCACAUGAUGGAGACGAUGAUGAGGAGGAGACCAUCUCUCUGGAUUCCAGAAGGCAUGAGGACCCAGAUGCUAUACAGUGGGAAAACCAGCCUGGCAACAUAAGCUCACAAGCUAUCAGAAAGUUGUAUGGCAACCACCUCCGGCGCCAAAUAGAACUGGCAGACAUAGACAUUCAGUACAAGAAGAAAAAGAUGGAAAAUCUUGCACUGGAGUCCGAAAUAAAAAAGAGGACAAUUAGGAAACUGGACCUUGAAAUAAAAAAACUUGAGAGGGAGGUGAGAUAUGCCUUCAAUGUACACUGUAUGCUAACUGUAACACAAAUGUAUUAAUCAUUAUUUUUCUUUCCUCCCCCAGCUCCAAGAAGAUGACACAGCUGAAAAUAAAAAUUAGGUAUAUUCUCGUAAAGUCAAGUGAGCCAUGACAUAUGAGCUCUUAUUGUGAGCACACAGGACGGUGGCAUCUUUCUAAGGUUUUUUUUAUUUUCCCAGCAAUCAGUACAACCAAGUCAUCGUUAUAAGGCAUCGCCCUCUUUUGCCCACCCCCCCAGCACCAGGUGUGGCCACUAGCCUAUAUGAAGGCCCAAAAUUGUGUGUUCCUUUCUGCUCUGACAAUGGCAUGCCCAUUCGUGCGAGAUGUGGUGGAUGAAGAAGCACUUGUGCUGAGGAGAGCCUUCAGGCGAGAAAGGGUCUUCAGGGACCGGUUGGACCCACUGGCCUUCCCUGAUGACCAUCUAUAUGAAAGAUACAGGUUUUCUGCAGAUGGCAUCAGGUAUCUAUGCAGACUACUGGGUCCCAGGAUUAAGCACCGCACUGCACGGAGCCAUGCACUGAGUGUGGAGCAAAUGGUUUGUGUGGCCUUGCGCUUUUUUGCUAGUGGAGCCUUCCUGUACUCAGUGGGGGAUGCAGAACAGCUGAACAAGGCCACAAUUUGCCGCACAAUAAGGAGUGUGUGUCUGGCUAUCAAAGCAUUAGCAGAUGUCUUCAUCUCCUUCCCUGGCCACAGAAGACUCUGUGACAUCAAAGAGGAGUUCUAUAGGAUUGCAGGUUUCCCCAAUGUCAUUGGUGCAGUGGACUGCACACACAUAAGGAUAAAAGCCCCCUCAGGUGCCCAUGAGGCCGAUUUUGUGAAUAGGAAAUCCUUUCACAGCAUUAAUGUUCAGAUGGUCUGCAAUGCUGACUGUGUGAUCAGCAAUGUUGUGGCAAAAUGGCCUGGCUCAGUCCAUGACUCCAGAAUCUUUCGGGCCUCUGAAAUCUAUCAGUGCCUAUCACAAGGUGAAUUCUCUGGUGUGUUGCUGGGAG